UUCGGCGGGUAGCAGCCAACCAAAACUGAUUUUGACAAAGACGACGUCUAUGAUGAAUAGAAGAUAGAGGAAUAACGUGAUUUUAUGUAUAUAAAAAAAGAAGAAUGUAUCACUGUGUAAGACUAUCGAGGAAAAACAAAAGCGAGAAUGGUCCGAAGCACGAAGCAACAGUACGGAAACAGUCGAAGUCGUGGCUCGAACUGACCGCGAAGAGAGAUCGUACGGCGAUCAGCUGAUCGAGGACUCGAAUUCUCAAGAGGAGACAACAGAGGUUGAUCGGGUGGUUCGAGCAAAAAGUCGCGGGUAUCUCUCGUAAACGUAACUGCGUGCGCGUUGGCAUUGCGUGCGUGUGUUCUGUGUACACGUUUGUCUUCUAGAAAUUUUCUACGUAAGUUCGUUAAGUACAAACAGCUUACGGCAUGUCUAUUUGAAAGAAGAUACAUCACAAUUGAACGGAUUAUCCUUGUUUCCUACGUAAGAAGGAAGGUAAAGAAGUUAGAACGAAGGUGUAAGGGUGAUAUUUUCGUAAGAAGGAUAACGUAGAGAAAUCGUCGUUGUAUAGAUGGAAGAAAGAGACAAAAAGUGAAGAAGGACGGUGGUGUAUCCCUUUCGGAAUACGUGUCGUGCCGAUAGGCGGAGAAAUGGCUCGUCCUUCCGAUUCUAGUCCUCUUUCUUACGUUUUUUCACGACAAGUCGACGAUAAAAUUGAUCACUGUAAAAGACUCGUCAACUCUAGAUUCGGGGGAUCCGAGAACUUGUUUAGAAAAGAUCUCCUAUCUCAUUAUGGUUGUGUCAAUGCGAUCGAAUUUUCACGUCAGGGUGAUCUAUUGGUAUCUGGCGGUGAUGAUAGAAGAGUUUUAUUAUGGAAAGUAGAACAAGCGAUACAAGGUGUAGGAAAACCUACAGUAAUGAAAGCUCAACAUGUUAGCAAUAUAUUUUGUCUUGGAUAUGACAAUAGCAAAACAAAGAUAUUUUCUGCGGGAAAUGAUGACCAAGUAAUUGUUCACGAUUUGCAAACUUGCGACGUCCUCAGUUUCUUCCUACACGAGAAACCUGUAUAUGGUUUAUCGAUUCAUCCUCAUAAUGAUAAUGUUUUUGCAAGUGCGUGCGAUGAUGGAAGAAUUUUAAUUUAUGAUGUUAGAGGAGCAGGUGCCAUGGAAACUUUUUGUCUAGCACAAUAUAAGACACCAUUUCAUUCUGUUAUGUUUAAUCCAGUUGAACCUAGAAUGUUAGCCACUGCCAAUGCUAAAGAAGGAGUUAGUAUGUGGGAUGUAAGAAAACCACUUAGGCCUGUAUUACGUUAUGGAAAUGAAAGUCCUGCACAAAGUUGCAUGAAUGCAAGAUUUAAUGCAGCAGGGAAUAGAUUGUUAGCAUUGAGGAGAAGGCUACCUCCAGUAUUGUAUGCUGUUGAUUCUUCUUCUCACUUAUGCCAAUUUGAUCAUCCAGGGUAUUAUAAUAGUUGUACGAUGAAAACAUGUUGUUUUGCUGGUGAUAAUGAAGAAUAUGUUCUUUCAGGCUCGGACGAUUUCAAUCUUUAUAUGUGGAAGAUUCCCUCUGAAGGCGUAAAGUGGGUAGAUUCUGCUCAUAUGGUUUUACGUGGUCACAGGUCAAUAGUCAAUCAGGUACGCUACAAUCAAGCAAGUUGCGUACUUGCAUCAUCUGGAGUUGAAAAAAUUAUCAAGAUUUGGAGUCCAUUUUCUCUUGGAAGCGGAUGUUUAGGUGGCCUAAAGCGCGAUGCUGGAAAACAAGAAAGGCAACGUCGUGUAUUUACGCACGACGAAUAUAUUGGUUUAGUAUUGCGUAGUGGCCAAUUUAUGACCCACGAUUAUAGUCAUCAAUCAACUAGGGAGGAUCCAAGAAUGAUGGCUUUUUUUGAUUCCUUAAUACAACGUGAAAUUGAAGGUUGGAGUUCAGAAGAUAUGCCAACUGCAUCACAAACUCCUAGUGAUUCUGAAAAUAAUCCUACAACUGGACGUACCUAUAGCGCAACAGAUUCUGACGGAUAUUCAACAACUUCCGGAUUUUAUUUUAGCAAACAGGAACGUUUGUUUGCAUCAAGUUCACCAAGAAGUAAUAAUAUGAAAGGAUAUGUUAUAAUAUAUUCUUUUCCAAAAUAUUCCGGUAAAACGAUUGAUAUUAGUAAUACAUUAAAUGGUUACCAAUAUGGAGAAUAUUUUGGAGCUUCUUUGGCAUCAUGUGAUUUAAAUAAUGAUGAUAAAGAUGAUUUAAUUGUUGGUGCACCUCUUUGGACUAAAGAUAUGGACGAGGGUCGAGUAUAUGUUUUUAUUGCAUGGGAAAAUAACAAUUUUAUGAAAAAACAAGAAAUUGAUGGCAAUGUAAGUGGAGGAAGAUUUGGCUCUUCUAUAACAUGCUUAGGAGAUAUUGAUUAUGAUGGAUACAAUGAUAUUAUGAUUGGUGCACCAUAUGAAGGAGACAGUGGUGCAAUAUAUUUAUACAACAGUAAUAAAAAUGGAAUUCUGAAAUGUAGUCAAAAGAUACUUGGUUCUGAAUUUUCACCAAAUAUUUGUGGAUUUGGUAUAUCAAUAUCAAAACCUGUGGAUAUAAAUAAUGACAAAUACCUUGAUAUUGCAAUAGGAGCUUAUUUAUCUGAACAAGUUGUUCUGUUACCAUCCAUACCUGUUGUUUCAAUAACAAUAGAUCUUGUGUAUUCUGAAAAAAAAUUCUCUAGGGAUUCAAAAUUUUUCUUUAUUUAUAUAUGUACUAUUUAUGAUGGUGUAUAUGCUCCUAAAAACUUAAAUAUCAUUCGUAAUUUAGAAAUAGAUCCAUUAUAUGGAAGAGCAAUGUAUUUGAAAAAUAAUACAAGUAAUUUUACUUGUAUUUUACCAACUAUAUUAAAAAUAUCCGAACGUAAAUGUGAUUUGUUUAAAAUUCACCUUAAGGACAACAUACAAAAUGUGAUUGAUCCAAUUUCAUUAUCUGUAGUGGUAGAUUUUAAUAAUGCCAUGCAAGAAAGUAACAAAUCAAGUAACAUUUUUCAUAGAUCAUCUGUAGUAAUAAACAAACUGAAUUCAAAAAUUAAAGAUGUAAUUCAGUUACCAUUUUUAUUAGAAUGUGGUACUGAUGAUAUUUGUAACUCAGAUUUACGGAUAUCUCUUCGAACUAAUUUAAUAUCCGAUAAUACAUAUAUUAUUGGAUCAUCCUCGAAUCUGAAACUUAUAAUUGAUGUUCAUAAUAAUGGUGAACCUGCUUAUCAGACACAAGUACACAUUUUUAUUCCAAAUCCCUUGUCAUUAGCGAGUAUACCACCAGCAUGCAUGGAAUCAUCUUGGACAAAUAAGUAUAAUUUGCAAGUAAUAUGUGAUCUUGGAAAUCCUCUUACCAAUGCAACCAAUGAAACAAUGAUAUUAGAAUUGGAUACAAGUAAGAUUCCUUUUGAUGUUAAGAGUUUGGAAUUAUAUGCAAACGUUACUACUCAGAGUGAAGAAAUAAAUCAAUUAGAUAAGAACUAUACUAUGACAAUUUAUUUUGAUAUUGAUGUUGAUAUAGCUAUAGCAGGAAAAGCACAAGACAAUGUAUAUUCGUACUCUUGGAAAGAUGAAAAAAAUUCACAAAAUAUUAAAUUUAAACAUAUUUAUGAAGUACAAAAGUUUGGAAGAAGUCCAAUUAAUGAAGCUAUCUUAAUGGUAGAAAUUCCAACAUAUUGGAAAAACAAAGAUUAUGAUAUAGAAUUGAUUAAUAUAAAUCAUACAAUUGCUCAUAUGGAUGGUAAUAUUCUUAAAUUAAAAAUCAAUGAUUUGGAUCAUUGUAAAAAUUGUCAAACUUUCAAGAGGGAAACCAUUAAUGAAUUCAUUGAUGAAUUUGAUAUGAAUAAUAAAUCAGUUAAUAUUUAUACAAGAAAUGAAACAAAGAUCAAAUAUGAAGAAAAUUUUACUAACACGGAAAAAUUGGUAAUAAAUACACCCGUUGAAAACAGAAUAUUGUUCAUUAAUUGUAGUAAUCCAAUGAUUGUGUGUAAACAAGUUGAAUGUAAAUUAAAUCCUUUUACAAGUUCUUUAUCUGUCGCCCAACUCAUAAUUACAUUAGAUUUUAAAUUAUUAAAUAUUCCAUCAUUCAUGUUAGAAAACAAAAAUAUUAUAUUAUUUGCAUCUAAAGGCACUGUAAAUAUCACACAACCAUCCAAUGUUAUUCAAGGAAGCACAAAUAAACCUGAUACUACCAUGAUAAUUACAAAAUUCCAGGGAUCUCCAAUAAAUGAACGUGUUGCCGUUUGGAUACUUGCUUUAUCAAUAUUUCUUGGGAUCAUACUUUUAAUAUUAAUUAUUCUAGGUCUCAUUAAAUUGGGUUUCUUUCAUAGAAAAAGAAAAGAACAACUAGAGGCUUUGAAAGCUAUAUCAAAUGAAAACAAUUCUAAGAUUCUAGAAAUAAUUUCGUCCGAAGUUGUUGAUCAAGAAUAAGUAAAUAAGAAUUAUAUAUUAUGAAAUAUUUUUCAUUUCUUUUAAUUUAUUUUUUAAAACAAGUACAAUAAAUAGCAACGUG